AUGGCUUCAACUUCUCUCGCACCAUUAACAACUGCAUUCACAAUAAUCAUACUUACUUUCUUAAACUCAUCAAUUACAGUAAGUGCAUCAGCCGGAAUAUGCUACAAAUCCAUAAUCAGUUUUGGUGACUCCCUCGCUGAUACAGGCAACUUAUUCCACCUAGACAGCCCCUCCUCAUCGUCCGAUACUCCUCACUUGUCCCUGCCACCUUACGGAGAAACCUACUUUCAACAUCCUACAGGUCGUUGUUCCGAUGGCCGUCUCGUCGUCGAUUUCAUUGCUGAGAGUCUUGGGCUUCCUUUAUUACCUCCGUAUCUUGCCAGAAAAGAUACAAGUGGAAGUUUAGAUUUUCUCGAAGGCGUGAAUUUUGCAGUAGUAGGAGCUACAGCACUCGAUGGCUCAUUUUUCCGGGAAAGAGGAAUUGAUAAUCCUGCGACCAAUGCGUCUUUGGCAACUGAGUUGGGUUGGUUCAAAGAUAUGUUGCAGUCUUUUUGCAAGAAAUCAGCAGAUUGCAAGGAUUUUCUCCAAAGCUCGCUAGUUCUAAUGGGAGAGAUUGGUGGGAAUGAUUAUAAUUAUGCACUUCUUCAAGGAAGAAACAUAGAAGAGGUUCAGUCAUUUGUUCCUCUCGUCGUGCAAACUAUCAGUUCAGCUAUCCAAGAGUUGAUUGAGCUUGGAGCAGUGACUUUGGUAGUUCCAGGGAAUUUUCCAAUCGGAUGCUCGGCAUCCUACCUGACUUAUUAUCAAAGUUCCAAGAAGCAAGACUACGACACGGAUACUGGUUGCAUUAAGUGGUUAAACAAUUUUGCAAAGUACCAUAAUCAAGUUCUUCAAUCAGAAAUGAAUCGCAUUAGAGAACUUAACCCUCACGCCACCAUUAUCUAUGCUGAUUACUACAGCGCUGCGAUGCGGUUAUAUCGCUUUCCAAACAAAUAUGGAUUCAAAGGAGAAGUUCUCAAGGCUUGCUGUGGAGCUGGAGGCCCAUACAACUACAAUUCCUCUGUGCCUUGUGGCUACCAACCAGCAACUAGUUGUGAUGACCCGUCUUUGUAUGUUUCUUGGGAUGGUUUGCACUUGACAGAAGCUGCUUACAGGUGGAUAGCCCGAGGGCUGCUUGAAGGACCAUCUUCAACUCCUCCUAUUAAUACAGUUUGCAGUCCUGCAUCCACCAAUUUAGAUCCCCGGCUUGCAUACUAG